AAUUGUAAAAGAAAAAACAAAGCAAUUCCAAUAAAAAAGUUGCUUUGUAGCUACGGCCGGAGUGGUCCAUGUGUAUUCCCCUUAUCUCUCACAAGAUUCCAAGUUAUUGCAUCAGACUUUCGCAGUCGCUUCAAUUUGAGAGAAUACAUAGUAUUCGAAAUGCUGUUAGUUUAUAUCGAGUAGUGAGCACGCAUGACCCCUCCGAAUUGAACCCCCAAUUCGUCCAGUAGAAGAUUUGAAAAUGGGGUUCUCGGUGUUGGGAUCAUUGGGUUCUCAUGUAUUUGUAACAACUUCUCAUCAGAGACCCUUAACGAUUCAUUCAUUCAGAGACAGAGAGAGGCGCAACAUUACUUUCAAGCUCUCAGGGUCCAGGGCUAUGUCAAGCAAGUCUGAAUUAGUUGACUUUGAUGAGAGGACAAGCCCAAUUGAGGUCAAGAAAGAGAUAGAGGGGUGUUAUGAAUUGAUACAGAGACUUGGGAGAGGGGUUGUGUAUUUGGGAUCUUCAAGGAUGGGACCUGAUCAUUCACAUUAUUUGCAAGUACUUGAGUUGGGUAGAGAGAUUGCAAACCUUUUGGAAUGUACUUCAUGGACGGGGGCUGGUCCAGGGCUUAUGGAUGCUGCUACCAAAGGUGCUUUGCAAGCAGGAAAACCAGUUGGUGGAUUUAAGAUUGGUAAAGAAGCUGGAGAAUGGACAGCCUCAAACUACCAUCCUUACCUACGUUCAGAUGUUUAUCUCACAUGCAGGUUUUUCUCUGCUAGGAAACAUGGUUUAGUAGAUGCUGCAGUAAGAAGCAGUCGUGCUGAUAGAACUGCAGUUGUUGCUCUUCCAGGUGGUAUUGGUACUCUAGAUGAGAUUUUUGAGAUGUUAGCACUUAUUCAGCUAGAACGGAUUGGGUCAGAGCUUCCAGUUCCAUUCUUGUUGAUGAACUAUGACUCGUUCUACUCAAAGCUACUGGACUUUCUCGACGAUUGUGAGGAUUGGGGUACUCUCUCCAAGGGAGAGGUUUCAUCUCUCUGGAAGGUUUGUGAUAGCAACUCAGAGGCUCUAUCUUAUUUGGCCGAGUAUUAUAACUUACAUGCCGGUGACAAAGGUAUCAGUCACUGUGGACCAAAUUUCAUUUGGGAAUCACAUUCAACUGAUCAAGUACUAACAUCACGAUUUGCUUAGAAGGUUGGGGAAGAGACUAGUAAAAGAUUCUAGCAUCUAUGGGAAUUCUGGGAAGGUGGCUAUGAAUGAUCAGCAACUGCCUUAUAUCUAACAUAGUCUACUUGAGGUAAUGUCCCUUCUGUCUUUUUUAAUUCAGCUAUCCGAUGAAAUCUCCAAAUUUAUCAUCAUUCAAAGUUU